ACAAACGAAAAGAAAGAAAAUCUUAAACCCCAAGGCUCCCAAGUCCUGAAAACCCAUUUGUUCCGAUUCUCUAUCAACUCUACUCCAGAAACCUUGUUCUUCAGCAAUGGCAUUUUCGCACCACCUUUCUCUCUCUUCGACCCUUUUCACAACCUCCACACCAUAUUUCAAUAUCCCCCAUAAAAUCACCUUCACAACUCCAAAACAUCUUACUGUAAACGCUUUACCUUCCUAUUCUUAUUCGGAGGAAGGCAUACUUGAAGCCGUAUCUAACUCGCUAGGUAAUUCACUCCCUUGUGUUCGCUCUUACGAAAACGACAUGGCUCGACUCUCUCUCAGUGGCUCCGUCGCGUUUGAACAAGCCUUAACUGCCGCUGCUUCUGACGGCGGUGAUGCUGCUAACGAACAUAUUGAUGCUGGACUGUCAAUUAUGGUUGUUGAUACUGUUUAUCCAGGUCCUGAUGAUGAGCAUAGCACUACCUCUACUAGACUGUUUCUCCCGACUAAGAAGGUGAAAGAGAAAGCGAGCAAGUUAAGGAUUUCUCUCCCUGACGAUAUUCUCUCUAGCACUACUUCCACAAAUAUGCUUGCAAUGACAUUCAGACAAGUAGUAGUGCAGGAGCUCUGGAACUUUGAAUUGGCAAUUUUUGUUCCUGGAUCACGAAGAAAUAUGGAGGAUCUUGGAAAAUUAAGAGAGGUUACUUCUUCUUUUGCACUCAGCUCUUCAGACGAAAAUGUCAUUUCUGGACUUGCUGAAGCAGUUUGUAUCUUAGCUCUUGAAAGCACACACAAGGAUUUCUUUCAAGGAUCAGCCGUGAAAGCAUCAGGUGGUCUAUUCAAUUGGUUUUCAAAAUCCAAGAAGAUUGCAUCAAAAGAUUUCUCUGUCAUAAUACAUAGGUUUGAAGAUGAAAUAGUUGAAAAUGCCAAAACCCUUUUUGAUAAGUUCAGCAUGGUUAGGGCAAAAUACAAAAUGACGAUCGAGAAACCAUCAAAAUCCGCUUGGACGUCAUUGAUGCUGUCUAAAAUGGAAAAGAUUGGCGGGUCUGAGUUUAGUAUGUGGAUAAGUGAGUAUGUUCCUGCUUAUAGGCUUCAAAUUGACGCUGAUAGACUGACUGGUUUGAAGUUUGAUGGCUGGAAAAGGUCUACAGGAAAUUUCUGGGAAGUAUUUUUGACUCAUUCCCAAAUGGUUGGAUUGGUUAAUAUUCUUGAUAUAUAUUUUGAGGAUGUCUACACACUUCCCAGUAAACAACAGCUGACAUGUGAUGUAGUUAGAUGCCCAAAAGAGUUGACAAAGAGUAAGAGAGCUUUUUCUCUGCUUGGUUUUCUGAGAACCUCUCUUGUCACUGCAACUUUGCUGGUUUCAAUCGGAGUGCUAGUCAAGUUGUUUCUACCACAGCUAAAAAUUGCUAGAAGAUAUCCCACAGAAAAUUAUAUGAGUUCAUCAUUAGAGAAUGAUUCGGGACAAAUACAGGUUCUCAAGUUAGAGGCUUCUCAGGUAUAUCAGUUGGAUGCCUGUUGCUCUACAUUAGUUAAAAAGAUCAGGGAUUGUUAUGGUUGGAAUGGAGAUGUAAAUUUAGAACCAAGUAUUGGAGCAUGGAUUGGGGAAAUUCCUGUCUAUUUGAAGCAUGGUGACAAAGCUGUUUCCAAUGGUUCAGAUGUUUUCACUUCUGAUGUGUUUGUAAAAACAGAGAAAGAGUUGGAAUGUCCUGUCCCUGAAAUUGCUAGCUAUCAGGUAGUUAUGUCAGCCGAGGGAAACAUUGUUGGCUUCCAGCCUACAAGUCUUGUGGCAGUCAAUCACUGGUCUGCAAAUCCCAUAGCCAAGGAGCUGUAUGGUGGCAAGGAACUCUCUCCAGGGCUUUUGGAACCUGGUUUGAAGAUCAAUAAACCAGAGAAGGUGGUCGUUCUUGAGCUGUUGAUGUCAUUGAAUCAGAAUAAUCCUUUUGCGUUAGCUAGAGAAAUGCAAUAACUAUUAAUUUUCCGAUGAAUUAGAUCUACCAAUCCACCUCUGUAUCAUGGCAGAUUGACAGGCUACUUGUUCCAGGAAAAUUGAAGAUGGUUUUUGCUUUUUGACACCCAUCCCCUCAAUAAAGAAGAAAGGGAGACGUAGAAGAGAAAAUGUGCACUCACUUGUUCAUAUGUGAUCUGCAAGUGUUUUUGUGAUCUUUGUUUACUAUAUUGGUCCUUGUGUUGACUCCUGUGAAUUGUGCAAGUAAUCUCUGGAAUAGACGUAAUCAUAAAGUUGCACCAAGAUGGAAGUGGCCAGCUCAUGCUAGGAUUUGAAGUGUGGGGGAUUGUAAAUUUGUAAUAGUAGUAUAUUGAUAUUGAAGUUGGUUAGGAAUUUAGGAUGGUGAACGUUGGAACUUGGAAAGAUAACUUCGUUUUGGCAAAAACAAUCUGCAUUUAUACCACUUUCAUGAGACUCUUAAUAC